CCGCCCAGCGCCGUGCUCACGCAGAGGACACGGGCCGCCAGCCUGUCGGCGCGAUGAACCCGUCAUGACAGAAGCUGCCGUUUACAUCGAACCCCCCGUGGAAGCGCAGGCUGCGUCGCACGGCUGUCAUGGUGGCUCCUGAAAACCUCCCCAGAAACAUUCUCCUCCUCUAAUUCCGUUCACGCGCGCGAGCAGCACGAUGACACUGCGCCGGACGGCCCGCCUGUAUUCGUCCUCGGUGGUUUAUUACGAUUUUAAUUAGCUGGACACGUUUGACAUUUACGGAGGACUGAUGUGGGAGCGACGAGGAACGUGCCGCUGUGGUUAUGGAAGUGCAGCGCAGGUUUGAAGACCUCUGAUCCCAUUGGCUACACGGCCAGACUGGUGGCCAAUCAGGCGACAGCCGGGUCCACUAAGGAGGGAGACGGUGAGACCGGAAGACCCUUCGACCUCACCCACACCGCUUCACCCGUUCCACUCCAACCUUCAGCGCCAUGUCUGUACCCAGCGGCAGCCCGGAGAGAGUGGGCUCCAGCGGGGCCCCACUUCUGCUAGAGUGCCCUUCUCCUUCCGGCAUGGACCCGGACCCCCCAUCAACGGGCAGCCCGGUGCUCAGCCCGGACUCGUCCGCGCCGGCCGCGUCCCCGGCAGACUCGGAGAACUUGAGUCCAGAUGAACUGGAGCUGCUGGCCAAACUGGAGGAGCAGAACAGGCUCCUGGAGGCCGAUUCCAAGUCCAUGCGCUCCAUGAGCGGUUCGCGGCGCAACAGCGGCUCCUCGCUGGUGUCCAGCUCCUCGGCCUCGUCCAACCUGUCUCACCUGGAGGAGGACACCUGGAUCCUGUGGGGCCGCAUCGUCAACGAGUGGGAAGAGUGGAGACGCAAGAAAGACAAACUCCUGAAGGAGUUGAUCAGGAAGGGAAUCCCUCACCAUUUUCGGGCCAUCGUCUGGCAGCUGCUGGGCAACGCCACCGACAUGCCGGUGAAGAACCAGUACUCCGAGCUGCUGAAGAUGUCGUCGCCGUGCGAGAAGCUCAUCCGCAGAGACAUCGCCCGCACCUACCCCGAGCACGAGUUCUUCAAAGGCCAGGACAGCCUGGGCCAGGAGGUCCUCUUCAACGUCAUGAAGGCAUACUCUCUGGUGGAUCGAGAGGUGGGCUAUUGCCAAGGCAGCGCAUUCAUAGUUGGUCUGUUGCUUAUGCAGAUGCCCGAGGAGGAGGCGUUUUGUGUCUUUGUGCGCCUGAUGCAGGAGUACCGUCUGAGGGAGCUGUUCAAACCCAGCAUGGCCGAGCUGGGCCUCUGCAUCUACCAGUUUGAGUACCUGCUACAGGAGCAACUUCCAGAGCUGAACGUCCAUUUUCGAUCCCAGAGUUUCCACACGUCCAUGUACGCCUCGUCCUGGUUCCUCACCCUUUUCCUCACCUUCCUCCCUCUGCCCGUCGCCACGCGCAUCUUCGACAUCUUCAUGUAUGAGGGCCUAGAGAUUAUCUUCCGCGUGGGCUUGGCCAUCCUGCAGUACAACCAGACGGACCUCAUUCAGCUGGACAUGGAGGGCAUGUCGCAGCAUUUCCAGAAGGUGAUCCCCCACCAGUUUGACAGCUGCACAGACAAGCUGAUCCUCAGGGCCUACCAGGUCAAGUACAACCCCAAGAGGAUGAAGAAACUUGAGAAGGAAUACACCACAAUCAAGAACAAAGAAAUGGAGGAACAAAUUGAGAUCAAGAGGUUGCGCACAGAAAACCGACUGCUGAAGCAGAGGAUUGAGACUCUGGAGAAGGAAAGCGCCGCUCUGGCAGACAGGCUGAUUCAGGGUCAGGUGACGAGGGCGCAGGAAGCGGAGGAGAACUACGUGAUCAAGCGGGAGCUGGCGGUGGUGAGGCAGAAGUGCAACGCAGCCAAUGAGAGCCUGGAGAAAGCGCAGGACAACAUCAGAGAGCUGCAGCAACAGAAGUACACGGAGCAGUUUGUGAGCAACCUGCAGAACCAGCUGGAGCAGUCCAAGCUGCGUGAGGCCGAACUACAGGGAGCACUGAAGGAGAUGCAAGACAAGGUCCUGGACCUGGAGAAGAGGAGCACGUGUCUGCCCGAUGAGAACAACAUGGCGGCUCUGCAGGAGGAGGUGAAGCAGAUGAAGCUGAGGGAGCUGGAGACGUUGCACUCGUUCAAAGAGAUGCAGGAUUCCGUCACAGAGCUCAACCAGCGCUGGCAGCACCACAUGUCCCGCGGCAGCACCACGGGUGGGGGCGGCGGCCACUGGAAGGAGUCCCCGAAGAAGAAUGCCAUGAACGAGCUGCAGGACAAACUGAUGACGGUCCGACUGAGGGAAGCCCAGGCUCAGGCGGAGCUCCGAGAGGUCAAACUCAAAGCUCUGCAGCUGGAGAGCCAGAACCAGAUCCACAGCAAGCUGAUUGGCCGAAAUGAUCAGGAACGCUCUGCCCUGCAGGACCGGCUCCAGAUGCUUUCCAAUCAGAACAAAGGUCUCCAGGCCCAGCUCAACGAGAUGAAAAGGAAGCAGUCCGAGUCCGACUGCAAGAGCAAAGAGGAGGUGAUGGCGGUGCGACUGAGGGAAGCAGACAGUAUGGCUGCCAUGGCUGAACUCAGGCAGAGGAUUGCUGAUCUUGAGAUACAGAAGGAGGAAGGGCUGAUCCAGGGCCAGCUGAACCACUCGGACUCCCGACAGUACAUCAACGAGCUGCGGGACCAGAUCGCUGAGCUCAAGAACGAGGUCAGGCAGCUGCGAGGGCAGAAGGCUGCCCCCGGCUCCAGGCUCGGCAGCGGAGUAGGCGGCACCAACUACCAGGAUCUGUGCCUGGCCAGCCCCGCCUCGGCCGAGGGAGACUACCUGAGCUCGGACGAGGACCUCCUGCCCAGCCCGCUGCCUCCGGGCGGUCUUUACCACGGCCUCUCCGGCCCGUGUCACCCGUCUGCCCGCCUCGACAGCGAGGGCAGCACGGACAGCGAGGUGGAGGAGCGGGCUCUGACCCAUCCGGACCCUCAGCAGCUGUACGGCGGCAUGGUGUGCGCCGAGGCGCUGGACAACUGAGCCCCAGGGGGAGAGAGGGAGGGGGAGAGGGGGGGAAGGGGGUGUUGUCCCUCCUCUCCUGUUACCGUCUCCUCCGACUUGUUCCCCCCGGUCCGCUGUCCCGUCCCGUGUUUCCCAAACAAGAGGUAACCUAAAGCCUCGCUCCUUGUUCCCUCGUGUAACCGGGCAACCAUCCAAACACAAAGACGUGACACGCAACCAAACAAAAGAGGAGGGACACCGGACCGAGACCGGGGUGCUCAGAAAGAAACUCUGUGACGGAGUGACCGUGAUGGGACUCCUCUUGCUGACUGGUUCAGAGUUAAACAACCUCUCUUACCUUUUUAAACUCUCGUUAGGAAGAAACGCACAAAACAAGAAGAAAAACUAUCAGCCAUCCAUUUACCUCUCAGUAGACAAAGUGUUGAGAGGAAGACAGGUGGUGAGUAUGAGACGAGAGAGCGACAGGUGCAGUGUAGGAUAUAUAUGUACGCAUCAAACUGUACAAGAUGGCAUCUGUCAUGUGUUACUUUAUCAUACUAAAUGUGUGCAACGUCAUGCCGGUUAAUGCAACAGUUCAUGUCAAAACCUAAAAAAACACGAUCACCCGAACCCAGAGAACAAGGACGGAAGAACCUCGAUGUUGCCAAAUCUUUUUUUUUUAUUAUUAUUUAUAUGUUGUAAUUUAUUUUGAUAUUUUUUAAAUAUAUUUUAUAUAUCUAUAUGAAACUAUAGGAGUGUAGAGAAACCGACAGAGGCCAAACUUUAUACACCGUCCUUUGUGCCAACUAGUCGCCUGUUGCAGGCGUGCUGUGAGACGGAAAUGUGCUGCUAUGAUUUGCAAUUUACUUCUUUUCUUUCUGUUGUUGUUUUAAUGUAAUCUUUGUGAGAUGAACAUGCCAUCUCCACGUUUGACCUGAUUCCUCCCUGGAGAUUCAAAAGUUUCAUCAACGAUGGGAACCGUUUUCGCCCAAACUGAGCGUGAUCAUUGUUUACGUGUGUGUUCGUGGAACUUUUCAGGACAUUCAUUUGCUUCCCUUCUGAGAAUUACGCGGGAGGACUGUGGCCCUUCUGCAAUUUGUCUGCUAGUUAUGAAGCUACAGCAAUAAGGCAGUUAGCUUAUGUUAAUGCUACAUGCUAAAGUUUCAUUGGCACAACUAGAAAAGGAUCAAGGGUUGGGUAGUGAUUGAGUAAUGUCAAUAACAACAGCAAGUUAAAUGCAGAAUCUAGCUAUGGUUUGCUGAAAUUAGUUUAGCAUGAUACGUUAAUGGUCAUUCCAGUCAGAGCAGCUAGAAAAAGGAGAAACCCGGACCGGGGUCGUGGUACCAAGAGCGAGGAGGUCGCUGCCCGUGUGAAAACCAGAAUUCUGAGGCUAUUUGUCAUGUAACUUCUGUACUUUAGCAACACGGAUACCAUGAAGUUACAUGUUGUAACGUCCCAAACCACAACUAUUACCCCGAACCUGGUUGUUUCCUGAGAAAACUGAAGUUAAGAUUUAAAAUACUGCAUUUCUUACAUGCAUGCAGGUAAAUUGUGGUGCUGCACAUUUUGAAGGAACAUGUGGGCGGAAAUGGAAUUUUCAUACGGUAUCAUUUGAUAUCAUAGCUUCGUAUUUUAAAUAACAUGUUAAAUAUGAAACUAUGAUCUGUGUCGAUUCAGUUCUCAGUGCAGUUACCACUGAGUGCAGGUUCCUUUUAAUCAGCCCCAUAUGCGCCACAAGAACGGCUCUGAUCUGGAACCAACCCUUCAUGCGCUCGUAUCACUCAUCUGAAUCUGCAGCUGGGAGCGGCUCAUAUCGUAAGGAUGCCAACAGUGCGCGGGUUGGAAAAUAUUUUGCAUAUCAGACAUUAAAGUAUUCUGUGGAAUAAAAAAAGCAUAAAGUACAUGAGUAAGAUUUAAAGCUGUGUCCGUGUCAGAGUGUUGCUGAAGCUGGUGAGUGCGUAUAGUUUUAUCAAACAGGGUGUCGUCUGUGUAGAGCAGCGAUCGGCUUUUUGCACAGCAGGGAAAUCUGAUCAUGUCUUCAAGCGGUCAGAGACGAUGUGGUUGAAUGGGUUCGGCAUGGGAUCAAUACUUUUCUCCUUCCUGAUUUUGUGAUGGGCUUCAUUAUUCUAGACUAAUGUUGUAGGACUUGUUUAAAUUCUCUGAAGGCCUGUUUCUAACGUUGUUGUGCAAUACAAGGAAUGGCGAUGGUGAGAUUUUUACUUGAAUCUUCCAGCGAUGGCCAUCACAGAGCUAAAGAGGAUGUUGGUUUGCCCACCAUAGUGAUGCAAAUAACCGCCUCUUAGUGGUCGUUGGUGGGUUUGGCAACGGAGGUCUACUCACAGUCUGGAUAUCGUCCAAAUGAAGCUUGGUGUCAGUUCAGCUGCUUCUAGUCCUUUGUUUUAAGAUCACUCUAUCAUAUUUAUCUAUUUGAUGCAUUUACUUUGCCUUUUUAAGGUAUUGUUUCAUAGUUAACAGUCCUUCUCUUGAGUGAUUUAAAGGAUUUACAUGAGUGAUGUAAUGUGUGAGGUAUCGUUGGAUCAGGAGGACAACAGUGUUGACUUUAAGGUGACGGUGUACUCUGUGAGAAUCGCUUGCUUCCGGCGCUGUCAACAACACAUCUGAGCGCUGUUCCUUAACACAUCUGUACACUGCUGUCCAGGGAUGGUGCUCUUGCUCUCGCUACUGUCUAAAUACAAGAAAAUCUACUGUGACGAAACAUUUUGAUAUGUUUGGAAAUUCCUUUUGAAUAAUUGUUGUAGCUCUCAUCUUUACUCCGUACUUUGGUUCCUCCUGCUAACAGCAUUACACGAGAUGGUAAUGAUUAGACAUCCUAACGUGCCAUAAUAGUAGGUAGUUUAUAACUUAAUGCGCGUUUAAGGGGGGUUUCAGCCCGUCACUAAACAGCCAUGUGAUAUAAAGUGAAUAUUGUGUGGACUGAAAGGUUGCACCGAGUGGCUCCGGAUGUGUCAUCUUGAAACUGAUACACAAUCAGGAGAUAAGAUGAUAAUGUGCAAAAACAGUGCGUGUCACAUGUGAGUUCUUCCUGGUUAGUCGGGUGUUUUUCAUUUCUCAGAUCCAUGCGCCGGCUGUGACGGCUGUUAAAUGUUCGCAGCGUCAUACCCAGGAACCCUGCCGCCCUCUCGCUUUCUGUCUUGCAAUUCAACUGAUGUUAUCAAAUAUAUGAAAUGACAGUAAAGGUUAUUUAGAUUCCAGUAUGAUGGGGGAGAGAAAGUACUUUUCAGUGUUCUGUAUCCUUAUGAAUGAUACGAAAUAAACUUUGACAAUGCACCUUU